GAUGAUGAUGAUGAAGGGAGAGCUGUCAUAUCAGCAGCACAUGGAGUAUCAGCAUUAUAAAGUGUUUAAGACAGAAAUGGGUUGUUCUGGCGCUUAAAAGCCAAGCGCGGUCUUCAGCUUAUGAUAUGCAGGAAAGGCGCGUUCGAGGAGGAGACCAGCUUCUGAAUCAAGAGAUGGAGGCACACAGUUCAGGGUUCGGCAGGAAGAGGAAGAGAGAGGAGUUAAACGGUGAGAUGAAGGAGGCAGAGCGUUUCCGAAAACUUCCACGGAGGACUCUGGGCCUGACUGAACCUGCACCGUUCGCUGAUGAGCUGGUGGCUGCAAAAGCCCCAUACGUUCGUGUUAGCAUGGAAGAAGCCUGCCGUGGCACUCCAGAGGACCGACCAGUUCGCGUCUAUGCUGACGGCAUCUUUGACAUGUUUCAUUCCGGACACGCUCGUGCUUUAAUGCAGGCCAAGUGCCUUUUCCCCAACACGCAUCUCAUUGUCGCUGUGUGCAGCGAUGAUUUGACGCAUAAAUUUAAGGGUUUCACAGUCAUGAACGAGGAUGAGCGUUACGACGCAGUGAGUCACUGUCGUUAUGUUGAUGAGGUGGUCCGCAACGCUCCAUGGACACUGACGCCUGCAUUUCUGGCCGAGCACAGAAUAGACUUUGUCGCCCAUGAUGACAUCCCAUACAUCUCAGCUGGAAGUGAUGAUGUUUACAAACACAUAAAGGAGGCAGGUAUGUUUGCACCGACUCAGAGAACAGAGGGCAUCUCCACAUCCGACAUAAUCACACGAAUCGUACGUGACUAUGAUGUUUACGUGCGCCGCAACCUGCAGAGAGGCUACACUGCCAAAGAGCUGAACGUCAGCUUCAUCAACGAGAAGAAGUACCACCUGCAGGAGCACGUGGAUAAGGUGAAGCAGAAGGUCCGCGAUGUGGAGGAAAAGAGUAAAGAGUUUGUACAGAAGGUGGAGGAGAAGGGCAUUGACCUCAUUCAGAAAUGGGAGGAGAAAUCACGUGAGUUCAUCGGGAACUUCCUGCAGAUGUUCGGGCCGGAUGGGGCAUUGAAGCACAUGUUGAAAGAGGGAAAAGGACGGAUGUUACAGGCCAUCAGUCCCAGACAGAGCCCCAGCAGCAGUCCCGUCCGUGAGGAGCGCUCGCCGUCCCCCACCUUCCAUCUCCCCUUCUUCACCUCCUCACCCUUCUUUUCUCCUCCGCCUCAACACAGCGGCUCACACUACACGGGCAAAGAUGAGGAUGACUAGGGCCCAGCCGUUCUAGAAAUCACGCUCACAAGCAGCUCUUCAUAUUUUAUAUGCUUUCUUUAAGCCAUUUUGAGUAGCCAAGGAAAUAAAUGAAGGAUGGACUAGCUCAAGAUUUAUUUGUAUACGAAAAAUGUAUUGAAAUGCACAAUAGUGACCAAAUUAUUCCACCCGUACUUUCUAAAGGUUUUGAU